AUGAAGCGGAGUCUUCGCAGUCGGAAGGCAAAGGGGACGGCGAAGACAGGUGCUGCUCCCAAUUUGCCUGGGAGCCAUUCGGAAGCAUGGAAAGCAGCGUCUUCAUCGGACAAGAAGAGUGUCAGUAAGGGAUUCAGCGGAGCCCCUGCAGGCAAGGCGAGUUUGAGCGGUGGAAGGCGCAUAGCAGCGCUGACAUGGGCGUCGGGGUCGAAUUAUUCCACAGAGCAAGGGAGGCACCGCGUGGCAUCAUCUUCGUCAGCCUCCAUAAGUGGCUUUUUGCAGAAGCGGAUCCUAUCUGCUUUAUGCGCGACGUUUUUUUGUGGUUUAUUUGUUGCCGCCAUGCGACGCAUAAUCGCUCAGUACCGCAGGAGGGUCGUGUGGGAAACGGUGGAGAAACCACGGGCGGCCUUUGUGAUACAAACCGCAUGGCGCAAGCACCGUCAGCGUAGGCGGUUGCUUUUGGAAAGCGUCUCUAGACUCAUCAUUUCAUUAAUGCGCCUGAAAAUCAAACGCAUUUGUGCGGCGAAGGAAAAGGCCGUACUUCUCUUGCAACGCGUUUUUAGAUCGCAGAAGGAGCGACACUUUGUCCAUUUCAUGUACCAAAAAAUGAGGUAUAACCGGGCACUUAGUACAAUGCGUAACUGUAUAAAUCGACGAGUGGCAAGGCGGCAUAUGGCAUUUCUUGCAAUUCAACGCGACGAGCGGCGGGUGUGUGAGGAACGCUGUGCUAUUGAUUCACUGCACAUCAUCUACAGUGAACGUGGUGAUCUGCUUCAUAUUUUUCAGGUAAUGCAGACGACGGCACCCGUGGCUUUCACACCCUUGGUGACGAGAGCCAUAUUUUUGGAGGAAGCCAUCCGCUGCACCGGACACUGCCCAUAUUCUCCUCUUUCUUUGCAUAUGGCGAGAGCGCAACAAUUUGGUGUCUUAUCUUUCUCAGAGCCGCCGAGUGGGCGUGCGAGCUCGCUGAAGGAGAAGCAAUUGGAUACACCUUUUACAGAUGGCGUUGAUUUCAAACAUAGUCUUGAGAAACACAACAGCGGGGAUAGACAGUUCCCUGCACAUGGAAUCGAUACGCAUUCAUGCACAUCAGUGUUGCACACUGAAGAGGGCGCGCGUCAGUUUUUGCAAGAACUCUUUGGCCCAAAUUUGCCGCCGUGCCCACUGGCGCGAAGAGGAUUAAAACCGAGUCGCUUUGGUGAAUGUGGUGAAAUAACAGCCACGAAAUCCCCCAUUUUUCAGAUGUGUGACUCCGCAGGGAACGACAACAUUCACUCAUGGCGCUCAAUUGACGCAGCUCCUGGAAGAGAGGUUCUUUCAAAAGGUGAAGUGAAUGCGGAUUCAUAUCAAGCGGUUCCUCUAGCGAGGCCGCCAUUUGGUGAGUUAGGGGCAUCCGUGAAUAACUUAAUAGACGCUUUUAUUGAGCUUCUUGUGCGUACAGAGGCCGCUGAGCGCAAGGCACUGGAAUCGGAGCUGCAGAGCCGGCACAAGGAACAGAUGAGAGAAAUACAACGUUUUGCCGUCACUCUUCAAGCCACGCAUGUCGCUCCGCUGCUGUAUGUUCCCCUUCUUUCAUCGAUGGGAGAGACCUGGGCGGUGCGUCGAGCAGAGCAACUCUUUCGUGAGGAAUAUGAUGAGAGACUGAAAAUUAUUGAAGAGUACCAGGCGACGCCGCUCCGAUUUUUAGAUCGUCCUAUUCUUAACCUGGCGGCGGAAGAGAGGCGGCGGCGGUUGCAAGAGCGUCUGCGGACGAUGAAAGAGAAAAAGGAAGAGAAUGGGAAAGGUGUCUUUGCGGGAUCCCCAUUGGCAGCGGCUGCUCCUGCGCCCACGACGGCGCCGGUGGAUGGACAGGGUAAUAAUAUACGUCCAUUGGUGGCGCGUCCUGUAUCUGUCAGGCCAGGGAGUCGAACUCCCACUGUCGGAGCAUCAAUGCCUCAAUUUCAGUUGGGAUCUUCUUCUUUCUUAUCUCCAGUACCUCGGCCGCCGUCUCCACCCCCUCGGAAGGUGCACGACAAUCCCACGAUGUCCUGCAUCCCUUUGCAGACCUCUGAUGAACGGACUCAGCGACGGCCACAAAAACAAUUUGGCCCUGUAGUCAUUUCAGAAACACCGGCCAUCUCAUCUACCAGUUCAGCAAAUGUGGCUUCAUUUAUUGGUCAUUUGAAUGAUGGAGUGUCGUCUCAUGAUACGUUCGUGGGUAGUUCUAGCGGUGCUUCACGAGACACCACGAUUUCGCACGCGUCACCAGCGAUUCGCGGUAACUCCGCGUGUCCUUCAGGUCUACUUCCGUCUCUCGCCAAUUCCUUGACCCAAACUACUAGGAGCAACGAAGUGAAGGGCGGCAGCACAACGAGGGAAUUUUACUUUCAUUCUUCUAUUCAUUCCCUGCAGCGCCCCACCUCUUCCGGUGACGAGGAGAAUGUUGCGUUGCCGUUGCAGAAGGCGGCUGUGUUUACCAACAUGGAGAACGACAGUGGCUGUGGAGACCCCAAGAAGACAAAAACAGGCCUGGAAGCGUUGAAUUAUUGCACCAACAACGCUGUACCACGAGGGGUGCCGAUUCCACUUCUAAGAUCUUCAAGAACAGAGCGCAGCAAUUUAGGUACAGUCCCACUCCAUCCCGUUGCUUCUGAGAAAAAUCUUGUCACGCGCAGAGAGUGUGGCGGCGAUUACGUUCGAGGACGUUACCGCGGGCCUUCUUCAUUUGUUCCAGUCUCGGGGUUUACCGGCGUUGAUGAUUCCCUGAGGCCUGUGCAACCGAACCCGGGAGGGGAGCAACUGAAUUUCAGGUUGCAGGCAGAACAGGGACUAAACACGAGGAAGGCGAGGCGAAAUUUACUCGAAAUGUCUGGAGCGAGUUGA